AUGUCCUCGGGUGGCAAUUCCCUAGCUGCCUUUACGCAAAUCGACGAGUUUCAUCGAUUGAAGACUAUUUGGUCUAACCGCAAAAACCGCAAAAACCGCAAACUUCGGCUGUUGAAUGAUUUGACCUCAGUCCAGGGCUGGUGCAAAAUUAACUAUUCGUUUUUAUUACACUGCAUCUUAAUGACAAUGCUCCCAAACAACGACACCAACCUCAUCCCUCUGUACACGUACGCCCUUGCAAUUUUUUCUAAGGAGCAGCGCCUCAGAAGCGAGGUGGAAAAGCGUUUCCUCGAGACUGAGGAAAACGUGGUGGGAUUCCUCGUGACCAAUACGGGAGGUGAUGUGCAGCGUUCUUGUGCGCUUAAAAGCGAAAUCGCUCGCUUGAAGGCUCUUCGCGAUGUCAGAACCGUGCAGCAGGCUGACGAGGCAGCAUCUUCUAGUUUUGCUGGAGAAAACGCGACCAUGAAAGCCGAGAUUGCGGCAAUGGAGAAGCAGCUCACUGAGCAGUGGAGGACUCGCCGUGCCGCGAUUGCCGAGAAGUACGGAGAGGAUGUAAAGUCCUUGGAUGCACCAAAGUUGCCUUUUCUUCGAAAGAACGCUGGAAAGGUCACUGCAUACAAUAUGUUUCAAAAAGAGUUGUAUCUCGAACAAGGUCACCGCAAACGGUAUAAGCAUGAUCGCAGCCAAAUAGGCAGCAUCAUGAGCGAAAAGGCCUCGAUGUGGAACAGUCUUAGCUGGGAAGAUAAAGCUUUCUACCAGGAAAUGGCUGACGAGCAUAACAAGCAGCAACCCGCUUCUGAGCUGCAAAAGAAAAGAAGCGCUUUUGUUAAACUGUCAGGUUACCUUACCCGUAACUUGACAAUGUUGAGAGAAGAAUGUGGUGUGGAAGGAAUCUGUUUUGUCGCACCAUGCAACAUUAACAACGCUAUCCAACCCGAUCAGGAUGGAUAUGGCUCUGAUGGCGGGAUGCACUUCUGGAGCUUGAUGCAAGCAGGAGCAAUUGAUUUGAAUGGGAAAAAUUUCAGUCACCAUUUCAAAGAUCAAAUGCUUCAAUACAACAAACAGCUUGCUGCGUCCAAGAAUGAUACUUCCACCCAACAACCCUCCUCUUCUUCCUCCGCAUCCGCAUCCGCAUCCGCAACCGAUAGCACUGCUGCUCCUGUGACAUCUAUUUCCUCGGGCCCGAAUCAAGUGCCAUCCAUGACGACCCAAAGGCCCCGAACGGCUCAACAUGAUGGAGUGCAGAAAUUGAGGAAUAUCAUUGCCCAGAAGUACCGACAAGCAAUAUUUGAGAAUUACCAAAUUGCUCUCCCAGAAGGAAGAAAAAUGGCAUGGCAAGACAAAGCAAUGUAUCGCGAUAUUGUCAUGUCAGGCUGGCCUGAAGGAACCGAACGCGUCAACCCCAGCCGUUUACUGCAGCAUGAACGAGAUGAAAUCGAGCGUCGGCUGGUAUCGGGUGAGCUCAAGUUUGUGAAGGCGCCACAACAGCAGCGACAACAUGAUUAA